AUGCGAAACUUAAGAGCUUACGAGACAAUCGAAGCUUUACAGCAAAUUCUCCGAGGAAAAGCCCUCUCAAUUUGCCGAGAGUUGCAGCUCGAUGAAUCUACUUCUUCAAAGAUCCUUCUACUUUUGCGCGAAAUGUGGUUUACCUAUCUUAGCGGCCGACUGUUGUGCUUUGGUUCCGACUCCAACCCGGUCAACUUCCGCGACCGCGAUUUGCACAUGUACCGAGCGAUCAAGAACGACGGCUUCAAUGGACUCGAAAAAACGAGCUACGAUCCGAUGCAGUACAAAAAGACGCCGAAAGACGUCGAACUUGGAAUUUACUCGGCCGGGAACAACACUCACUUCGAAUUCACUUCUUCCGAUUCUGAACCUGAAGCUCAAGUUGCUCUCAAUCGAGUGAAAAAGCUCAAGCGCAAGAGAAAGACCACUUCGGUCAAUUAUGAGCGAGUUUCCCUGCCAGAUGUUCAAGCAAUCAUCUUUCUUGGCUUCCGAGUUCUUGGGUACCCAAUUUCGUUCAAGUCCAUUUUCAAACAUUGCUUCAUCGACGAGGUGAAAAACUACUUCGAAAGCGCAACUCCAAGCGUUCAAAAAAUUGGAUCAGAAGAACGACUACGACAUGAAUGCCGUGUGCUUUGA